AUGGGGUCCGAAUCGAACAAUAAGGACCAGCUGUCCCAAAUCAAGAGAGCUGUAUCCACUACUGCCUCUGCCCUGUUCGGAUCGCAAUCGAUGGAAGACACAAUCCUUUCUUAUAGCAGUCCCUACAAGAAGCUGCUUCAUCAGACAAUUACAAACUCGGGUUCUAGCAGCGCACUGACGAAAUUGCGCAGUACCAAAAACCCUUUCAAGAGCGAAGAAAACAAGGCUUUUCAAGACAUCUACUCUGCAUCCAAUGGCAAAUCGUUUUUUGCAAAUCAGUUUAGCAACACAAAGACCAGUUUCAGGGUUCUCAGUUACUUGAGUGACGACUUGCUUUAUGACAUACCGACUAUUACUAGUCGUGGCAACAGAGAUAAGAAGCUUCUAACCGAGAACGGCGACUCUACUCGUAGAAGCAAAAAGUCCCAUCCAGAGGAGCCAUCGCUUUUCCAAGGCUUCCGGUCGUCUCUCCCUAUUAUCGACGAGACAAUAAAGGCCCAAGGACCCUCGGUACAAGACUCUCAAGAAGCCCCACGCUUGCUGAGUGGUUCAGAGGGAGGAUCUGAAACAGAGAAGGACGAGAGGUUCUCUUUGCCAGGGGAUUUUAGCUGGGAUGAAUUAAACGAGUCGUACUCGGUGGCGGACCUCAGUCAGACAGUUCAAAGCAUCACAGAUAACCUGGAUCUACUGGAAAUUCAAAAGAAUUUGGCCGCGAGUGAAAUAAGGGAAAUCGACUUGAAGCUUCAAAAGCUCAAAAUGGUUCGCGACCUCGUCUUUCAAAGGGUCGCCAAAGUUGAGCAGAAUGAGUUGUUUCUUGAAAAACACUUGGCACUACUCAAAGAUAGAAUUGACAUGAUCGAAGAGUACGGCCUAGAGGAUACACAAUCGUCUGAUACCGCCGAAAAAACUCCGCAAGUUCCCGAGAAACAGCACCAAAACAACAACUCUGCGAGCUCGGAAACUUCAACAGAAUCAGAAGAUGCCACAGACGACGAUAGUGGCGAUGACACAUCUGCAUUGCUCAGUCAAUCCAUAUAUCAAAAAAUAAAGAAGAGCCCUCCAAACUCCAAACCGCGCGGUUCGAAGAACGCGCUUGGACAAAAGAAGCUGCCGCCAAACCUGCAUUUGAAUCACAACAGAAAGCGCAAAACUUAUCCUACUCUACAACAAUACUACGAGCCAGGAACCAAAAUAUCUUCAUUUACCAAGGCCCAUGAUGAUAGCAUAACAUGCCUCGAUUUCGACAUGCCUUUUGGGACAAUGUGUACAGCUGGAAAGCUCGAUCAUUCAGUGAAAAUCUGGAACCUCAGUAAAAAGACGCAAAUCGGUACUCUUCCUGGCCACUUGGCGUCCGUAAGCUGUAUGCAGAUGGACGAGUCGAGCUCACUUAUUACUGGUGGCCGCGACGCACUGCUAAAACUAUGGGACCUGGACAAAGCUGAAGAACAAUAUUUUGAAGGAGUGCCCGAAGAGGACGAAGAGCUGUGUCUGCACACUUUUGACGCACACGUCGAUGAAAUCACUGCUCUCCACUUCGAAGGAAAUUCGCUAGUUUCAGGAUCCCAAGACCGCACAAUUAGACAGUGGGAUCUCCGAACAGGCAAAUGCUUGCAAACGAUUGACAUCAACUUCACCAACAGAGGCACUUCCGAUGGUUUCUCCACAAUAAGUUCAAACAAUCCCCGCAGCAGCGUUCUUUUGACGCACAAUGACCCACCAGUGAUCGGCGCUCUGCAGUGCUAUGAUGCGGCAAUGGCGACAGGUACAAAGGAUGGCAUAGUGAGGCUAUGGGAUUUAAGAAUGGGUCAAGUCGUCAGGACGCUUGAGGGACAUACGGAUGCUGUUACUGGGCUGCAGUUUGAUGCCGUUAACCUAGUAACAGGGUCUCUAGACCGCAGUAUCAGAAUUUGGGAUCUGAGAACAGGUACGCUAGCGGAUGCAUUUGCCUACGACAGUCCUGUAAGCUCUCUACAAUUUGACCUCGAUAAGAUUGUCGUCGCCAACAAUGAAAGCAUGGUUAGAGUUUACAACAGAAAAGAGGAGGCACAUUGGACCUGCGGCGAGGCAGACGCGGAAGCUUCGGGCACAGACGUUGUGGACUUCGUUAGGUACAAGAAUGGCUACUUAGUGGAGGGCCGUACCACGGGUGAUGUUAACACAUGGGCUAUUUAA